AUGGCGGAGACGGUGGGUUCUUGCACCAGCAGCGACUCAGAGCCGGAGGGACCCCCCAAGAAGCCCCUUCCCAAGCGCCGUCGCUUCUUCCCCGGCACGGCCGUCCGGGCCGUCCCGGUCUACUCCAGUAAGGUUCAGAACAGCCUCCAACUGUUCCCUGAGUCUCUGAAGCUGCCGGUUCAAGUCCCGCUGGUGUCCUCCGCGCCCCAGGGCGAAUCAGACGAGAAGGAGGAGGAAGCAGAAUUGGUGGCAGUGACUCCCACAAAGCAAGAAAAAAGGAUUCAACUUCCACCACCGUCACCAUCUCCUCCGCCUCCCGCACAGCUACAGAAACGGUACCACGGAGCCAGGAUUCUUGACCAGAGACUCAGAAAUCUGAAAUCCACCCUCUCAGCUGUCAAGAAGAGCUUACAGGAGGAGGGUUUGGGUUCUGAUGAGGAUGACGUUAUUCUUAUUGACUCGCCUGAACCCUCAGAAUCCCAGGAACUGGUCCUGAAGAUCCGGUGCCGGACUGAUCUCUACAGAGUCUCUGUUCAGAUGACAGACCCCCUCCAGCGGGUGGUGGAACAUAUGGGACAGACGCUGAAGGUUCAUCCAAGCAGGAUACUCCUCCUGCUCCGGGACCGUGAGCUUGCAGCUGACGCCACUCCCCGCAGGCUGGGCCUGGGGGUGGCUGAUAUCAUUGAUUGUGUAGUAGAGACGACUAGCAAAGAGAGUGACAAUGUGGGAAAUUUGCAGCUGCACGUGCAAGGGAAAGACAAGAGCUCCCACAUGGAGAUCACGGUCCACAAGAGUGAGCCGUUGCAGACACUGAUGAGUCGCUACCGUCAGGCCCAAGGACUCGGGAGACGCAAACUGACCUUCUAUUUUGACGGGCGGCGUCUGGCAGACAGCUGGACCCCGGAAGAGUUGGGGAUGGAGUGUGGCGACGUCAUUGAAGUGUGGAACUAGAG